CAAACUAUUGCAUAUGUCUUAGAUUGCCCACCACCACCACCACUAGUUAUAGCAAACCAGUGGUGAUCCAUCUCACAGCUUGGGAAUGGGUUCUUCUUCAAGGCCUCUUCUUCUUCUUCUUCUUGUGAUGGGUUUAGCGGCCCUGCAAGUUCAGCCAUCGUUGGCUUCAGAGACCAGAGAGUUCAAGUGGGAUGUGGAGUACACUUACUGGGCUCCUGACUGCGUGGAGGGAGUCGUCAUGGCCAUCAACGGCCAGUUUCCGGGGCCGACGAUCCGAGCUCGCGCCGGCGACCUCAUCAGAGUGAAACUCACCAACAAGCUCCCCACUGAAGGCGUCGUUAUUCACUGGCAUGGAAUUCGACAGAUGGGAACGCCAUGGGCUGAUGGAACUGCUUCCAUCUCACAGUGUCCAAUCAAGCCCGGAGAGUCCUUUGUGUACAGCUUUAAAGUUGACAAGGCGGGAACGUACUUUUACCAUGGGCACUAUGGGAUGCAAAGAUCAGCAGGGUUGUAUGGGGCUCUUGUCGUAGACGUGGCAGAAGGCGAGAAGGAGCCUUUCCAUUAUGACGAAGACUUCACCCUUCUGCUCAGCGAUUGGUGGCACCAAAGCGCCCAUGAACAAGAGACCGGCCUCUCUUCCAAGCCCUAUCGUUGGAUCGGCGAACCCCAGAGUUUGCUGAUAAACGGGAGAGGGCAGUACAAUUGUUCUCUAGCGGCGAAGCCAGGGAUGAGUCAGUGCAAAUUUACGGGAAGGGAGCAGUGCGCGCCAUAUGUUUUGCGGGUCCAUCCAAACAAGACCUACAGGCUUAGGCUGGCCAGCUCCACCUCUCUCGCUUCACUCAACUUAGCCAUUGGGGGCCACAAGAUGACGGUGGUGGAGGCCGACGGCAACUACGUGCAGCCGUUCACCACGGAGGACAUGGACAUUUAUUCCGGCGAGAGCUACUCGGUGCUCUUCACCGCCGACCAGGACCCUUCCACCAACUACUGGCUUUCAUUCAGCGUAAGAGGCAGAGAACCAAAGACCGCCCCAGCCCUCACCAUUCUCCACUACGCAUCCACCCACAUGUCCAUCCCCACCUCUCGGCCGCCGGUGGCUCCUCUCUGGAACAACUACACCCACAGCAAGCUCUUCGCCAACAAAGUCCGGGCCAUCGCCGGCUCCCCGCGGCCGCCGGCCACCUUCCACCGCAGGCUUAACCUCCUCAACACCCAAAACUACAUCGACGGAUACGUCAAAUGGUCCAUCAACAACGUCUCCCUAAGCCUCCCGGCUACUCCGUACCUGGGCGCCAUCAAAUACAAGUUAAGAAACGCUUUCAACCAUGUGAGUCCGCCGGAUAAUUACCCGGCCAACUACGACGUGAUGAAGCAGGCGGAGAACACUAAUUCCAUUUACGGCGACGGGGUUUACUUCUUCGGCUUGAACAGAACGGUGGACGUGAUCCUGCAGAACGCCAACGCACUGUCGGCGGGGACCAGCGAGAUUCAUCCAUGGCAUUUGCACGGCCACGAUUUCUGGGUUUUGGGCUACGGGGAGGGGAAGUUUACCAGCGAGGAUGAUAAGGGUUUGAACUUGAAGAAUCCACCGUUCAAGAACACGGCGGUGAUAUUCCCUUACGGCUGGACGGCGCUGAGGUUCGUGGCGGAUAAUCCGGGGGUUUGGGCGUUUCAUUGCCACAUAGAGCCUCACCUGCAUCUGGGAAUGGGCGUGGUUUUCGCGGAAGGCGUCCACCACAUCGCGGGGAUUCCCCACCAGGCGCUCGCCUGCGGCCUGACGGCUAAGGUGAUGAUGCAGAAGGGCGACCCCCAUAACUAAAGAGAUUAGUUUGGUGUGGGUGUUCAUGUGAUGUAUGAUUCUUUUGGUUUGGUUUGGUUUGGUUUGGCUUGGUCUGGUCAAGGUUCCGAAUUCGUUGGAUUGUGAAACAAACUGCAGUGAUCGAAGGCAUAAAUUUGCAAUUUAGCCAAGAAAUAGGAAAACAAAAACAUUAAUGUAAUGUUGAAUACUGGUGUUAUGUAUCCAAUGCAGCACCGCGGACAGUUUGUCCCGAGUUAAUGGAUAGUUACAGUUUAUUUA